AUGGAAAAUGCACCAGGGAAUAACUCAACUCGGCCAACCACCAGACAUUCAUGGAGCUCUACACAGCUACUAAGGCAAUGGUACACUUCCAAUUUAACCUGGCCGUACCCAAGCGCAGCGGAGAAAGAGGAGCUUAGUCGUCAAACCAGCUUGAGCGUUCGCCAAGUAUCACAAUGGUUCGUGAAUGCGAGACGAAGAGAUGCUGAACGGCAGUCAAGCGAAUUAACCGACAUCAGCGCCAAUCCUGUAUCUCUAUCGCUGCCUGGGUCUUUCGAUGCGACACAAGAACAACGAAACAACGUCGAGGCAAUUGAUCGCCUCCAGCGCUCCUCUUCUUCUGGCGCCAUCCCCCAGCUUGUAACUCAAGACGCCUUGGAUGGAAUUGGCUCUCAAGACGAAGCGCAUUCUUCUAACCCUUCCGACUCGGGUCACAGAAGUGGUCAUCGUCGCAAUUCACGUACGGGUUGGCGCCAUAAGGCCACCAACGAACCAGCAGAAGAGAGAAAUCCGCGAAUAUAUCAGUGCACAUUCUGUACAGACACUUUCAAAUCAAGGUAUGACUGGACGAGACACGAGGCGACACUCCAUCUAGCUCUUGAACGGUGGAGUUGUCUACCCGCUGGACCCAAGAGAUGGGAUCUUGGAGCUGAGGCUCCAAAAUGUUCCCUGUGUGACUCAUCUGAUACUACCGACGCUCAUCUCGAGUCUCAUCACAUUUCCGACUGCAUCAUGAAACCUCAGGCGCUCAGAACAUUCCAUAGAAAGGACCACCUGCUCCAACACCUACGUCUGGCACAUGGCAUUGACAAAAUGAUACCGUCAAUGCAUUCCUGGAAGUCAAAAAUCUCCCAAGUGAAAUCCCGAUGCGGUUUUUGCGGAGAGACAUUUACUCUCUGGUCCGACCGCAAUGACCAUCUAGUGGACCAUUUCAGAAGAGGAAAAUCCAUGAAAGAUUGGAAUGGAGAUCGAGGGCUCGAGCCUUCGAUCGCGAUGCUUGUCCAGAGCGCAAUGCCUCCUUACCUCAUAGGUGCCGAGUCCUUAGACUUGGAGCCCUUUAGUGCCUCAAAGGGUGUUUUGAAGAAGACCCUCUCGUCACCAGAGAAGCAGAACCCUCCGAAUGUGUUUGAGGUACUUACAGCCCGUCUUGGUGAUUUUGUUGUUUCGGCGCGCGCAAAUGGCGAUACCAUCAACUGCGAUAUCCUUCGCCGCCAGGCUCGGCUUAUUUUAUACGGCGAUGAUGAUCCGCUGAAUCAAACUCCCGCAGACAACGAUCAGUGGCUGACAUUGUUUAAAAUUGGGCAUGGAUUGGCAUCAGCGCCUGGCCAGCAAGAGUUGGCGCCUUCAUUACCAGAUGAAGCUUCGCAGUUAGCCUCACAUCCCAUAACAAUCUCAGACACAAACAAGUCCUCGCUUCCACGUGAAGCUAUAGAGAGAAAGUCGGGGUCAAAGUUAGUGACAAGUCAAACACUUGAUAAUACUGAGCCUACGCUCCCAUGGUGGUGCCAAAGCCCUGAAUGCUUGGCGGAGCUUAUGGAAAUAAGUCGGGAGUUUUCCUUGACAACUCUUGGAAACAUCGAGAUUGAUGAUGAAUCGACUAGAGAAUCCUAG